UGGCCCUAACAAAUAUACUUAUUAGUUAUACAAUAGAUGACAAUAAAUUGGUCGGACACGACAAUGUAGUGUUACAUUUUAUAGAGCAGAGGUAUCCAUUUCUGUAUAUGAUUUGUAUUGAGCUAUUAUGUGUACCUUUGCGAACGUGUUUGUAUCUGAUGCUGACGUGUAUACCGGGAGUAUUGGAAUUGCUUUAACGAUUCGAGUUUGUUGUUCAACGAGUUAUUUAUGUAAGUAAGUGGUAGCAGUGUGGUAUUGCAAGUGUAAACGAUUUAAAAUACGUAUUAUUUAGAGCUGUUGAGUGGUGAAUGUUGAAACAGUCAAAGUUAAUGAAAAAAAAGUUAUCAAGCAAGUGCGUCAGUGUCCGGUGUGUAGGAGGGUAUUCACAUCGGGUAAAUUUAGAUGUUUGGAUGCGAAGAUUAGGACACUGUCACCAGUGCGCGCUACGAAAUGUUGUUCUGUUCGAUAGCAAUUCAUAAUUGAUGUGAGCUAGGAGCAAUUUGCUUGAUUGGAGGAAGGACAAUGGAAAGCCGCGCUUCGAAGAAAAGUGGCGAGUCGGCGUUCGGACGGGAAUGAAAACAGAAAAUAUACACUGUGUGUGUGUAUGUUCAGUAGGCGACGGAAUUAUAAUUUAUUUACAUUAUAAUCUCUCUCGGUCGAAGAUAACGACGGGGUCUUAAUUAAGUUCCAUGUGUCUGUGUGCGUAUGAGUGUGACUGUCAGCAGUGUGUGUGCUUAUGAUUGGAGUACUUGUGCUGUGUGUUGGUGUGUGAUGCCACUUGUUUGUUGUGCAUCUGUAAAGUGCCUCAAAUGUCUCGCAGAAUAAGUGAAUUCGCAGCAAGGACUGAGGUGUGCCCACCUGUUUACAGGCGAAGGAAUACGUGGUCCAAUAACGACAGGAUCAUAGAAGUGUCCCCGUUCCCCCGCAGGUCCUUAUACCACAUUGACUCGACUGAAAAUCCCACCAGUAAGCUACGUCUGAGGGUUGUCCGGGGACAUCAGCUGGCCAAGAAGGAUAUAUUUGGAGCUAGUGAUCCUUAUGUGAAAAUUGACUUGAAUAUUAUCAACGGAGAUGAAACAAUUUAUUCAGUCCUCACAAAAACCAAGAAGAGAACAUUGAAUCCCAAUUGGAAUGAGGAAUAUAUUAUCGGAGUGAAACCAACCGAACAGAAGUUGAUUUUACAAGUUUUCGACGAGAACCGAUUGACGAGGGAUGACUUCCUGGGAAUGGUGGAACUGACAUUAGUGAAUAUACCAGAGGAACAGGACGGCAGUUCCAUUCCCUCCGUGAAAUACAUUUUGAAACCGCGCAGUGGUUACAGUGCCAGGUCGAGAGUUCGGGGAUAUUUGGAAAUAUAUCACGCUUAUUUGAAAGAUAAUGCCCUGCUGCCGCCUCCUAGCAUCGAUCCACCUGGAGCUGACGAGUCCAUCGAGGAGAGAGAUGAUUGGGAAAUGAUCAACACCAAUGGCGAUGAUGUGAAUCAACAAUUUUCGCCCAACAAUUCAUCGGAUAAUCAGUCUCCUUUGCCGAGGGGAUGGGAAGAAAGACAAGAUGCUAAUGGUAGAACGUAUUACGUGAAUCACGUCGCCAGAACUACGCAUUGGGAACGUCCAACUUCGAGUUCUACCACAGCUGAUAAUCAACUGCAGGAGCAAAGAGUGUUGGUAGAACAGACUGUACAGUUCGAUAGGCGUUUUCACAUCAGCGUCGAUGACGAGAAUCAGCGCGAAGAAAACUCAUCGAAUAACACGAGUCAGGCCGCGAGUCCUAGAACGAUAUCGAGGGAAAAUAGUACUUUGGAGACUGAACAGGAACGGGAUGAUCUGCAGGAGGAAGUAUUAAAUCCUCCGACGGAAUCGGAAGAGACGGAGCCUCCCUCGGAGGAAUUUCUUAACGUGGAGGAUUGUAAUGCAAACAGAGACAGGUUGAGCUUUCAGUCGGAGCGUUCGGUGCCGGAUUCCGAGUAUCACGGGUCCGUGGAGAGCGUAAACAGUAAUAGUCACGACGAGUUCGAUUCCGAUUACGAACAUCAUUCUGUAAUUAGGGACUUAAGACAGGUGUUCGGACCGCAUGUGUCUCGAAACGAUGACAAUUAUGAGGCGGAAGACACCACAGACUCUUCCAAUAACACUUCACGCAGAGAUUCUACUAUAUCGACUAAUAGUAAUGUCAGCAGUGGUGCAGCCAACAAUCUGCAAGUUCUGAGUGAAGGCCUUCCUCCAGGUUGGUCGAUGCAGCUCGCUCCGAACGGCCGUUGGUUCUUCAUCAAUCACAACGAACGAUCUACAUCGUGGGUGGAUCCUAGGACAGGACGUGCUAGUCCCAUGCCAAAUCAACCAGCAGCUCCAGUCACUAAUCGUAGACCUGAUGAUGACCUGGGGCCUUUGCCCGAGGGCUGGGAGGAACGCGUACACAGCGAUGGGCGAAUCUUCUUUAUUGAUCACAAUACACGUUCAACUCAAUGGGAAGAUCCGCGACUAUCAAAUCCAAAUAUUGCUGGACCGGCGGUCCCCUAUUCCAGAGAUUACAAACGGAAAUAUGAAUACAUGAAGUCGCAGCUCAGGAAACCCAAUAACGUACCAAAUAAGUUUGAGAUUAAAGUGAAGAGAUCUUCAAUUUUGGAAGAUUCGUACAGAGUGAUUAGUUCGGUUCAAUCUAAAAUCGAUUUGCUUAAGACCAAGUUGUGGGUGGAAUUCGAAGGAGAAGUUGGUCUGGAUUAUGGUGGAUUAGCAAGGGAAUGGUUCUUUUUACUUUCAAAGGAAAUGUUUAAUCCGUAUUAUGGACUAUUUGAAUAUUCCGCUAUGGACAAUUAUACUUUGCAAAUCAAUCCGUCUUCGGGAAUGUGCAAUGAAGAGCAUCUAAAUUACUUUAAAUUUAUUGGGAGAAUUGCCGGAAUGGCUGUAUAUCAUGGAAAACUUCUAGAUGCUUUCUUUAUUCGUCCAUUCUACAAAAUGAUGUUAGGCAAAGCAAUCGAUUUGAAAGACAUGGAAUCUGUGGACAGCGAGUAUUACAAGUCGCUUCUUUGGAUCAAGGAAAAUGACCCAUCCGGUCUUGAUUUGACAUUUUCAAUUGACGAAGAUUCGUUCGGACACACGACAUUGCAUGAAUUGAAACCGGGUGGCGCCGAUAUACCCUUAGAUAAUUCUAAUAAAGAUGAAUACAUUUCAUGUGUGAUAAAGUGGAGAUUUGUUUCACGGGUACAGGAUCAAAUGAACGCAUUUUUGGAAGGUUUCAGUGAAUUGGUACCGUUGGCAAUAGUUAAGAUAUUCGAUGAAAAUGAAUUGGAAUUGCUAAUGUGUGGCAUACAAAAUAUUGACGUCAAAGACUGGAAAGUAAACACAUUAUACAAAGGAGAUUAUCAUUCCAACCACAUCGUUGUCCAGUGGUUCUGGCGCGUUGUACUAUCAUUUUCCAAUGAAAUGAGAGCGAGACUCUUGCAAUUCGUUACAGGCACAUCCAGAGUACCGAUGAACGGAUUUAAAGAGUUGUAUGGAAGCAAUGGCCCUCAGUUAUUUACAAUAGAAAAGUGGGGAACACCGCAAAAUUACCCGAGAGCUCAUACAUGUUUUAAUCGCUUGGAUUUACCACCUUACGAAAGUUAUCAACAUUUACGAGAGAAACUGAUUAAAGCUAUAGAAGGUUCGCAAGGUUUCGCUGGUGUCGAUUAAAAACAUGGCUAUAAAGGAAAACUAUCGCUCUGUGAAUUUUAAAGAGAAAUUCUGUCCAAUGUAAUUUUUAAGAUUAUAAUAUGCCUUUAACUAGAUUAUCCCUAAAAUCAUAAUAAAGCUUUUGCCAAUUGUUUAACUAUUUCUGGAUGGCUUUCAGGUUUAAAGCUAUCCAAUAAUUGGCAAACUUGGUGGAUAUACUUAAUCGAAGAGGGAGAAAGAGAAAAACAAACAAGAAAUUCAAAUCUAUUUUAUCAAUUAUUAGUGACAAAUUUACAUUUUAUUUUACUCUACUUUGUAUAUACCUAUAUAAUCUUUUAUAAUCAAGACAUUUUAUUGUAUUUUAUUCUUUCACUGUACUAUAUAUAUGUAAGAGCUUUAAAAGAAAACUUAAACA